AUUUGGCGCUCGGCCUCCACCAACUGGCUGACCUCGUGCACCAGCUCUCCUACCCGCCAUCGCAGCCGGCGCGGCCGGCCGGCGCGAGCGCCACCCUCGCCGACGCCCGGCUCUACCGGCUGCUGGACGCCAGCGCCGGCCGGCCGCGCUCUCGGGCGCGCACCCUUUGGCUGGUCAAUAAGUACCAUUGCAUCCGCCGCCUCGCCGAGCUCUGCUUCCGGCAGCCCAGCCUCAAGAACGAGCUCUUCCUCUUCCUCAUGCACCAGGCGGUGCCGCCGGCGCGGCUGGUCGGCUCGCGUGGCCACGCGAGCGCGGGCGCACGGCGCAGGCGGCUGCGGCGUCCGCUCGCGCUGUGGUGCAUCGGGGCGGGUGGCGAAGCGGGUGAAGAGGACAGCGAAGCCGGCGACGAGGGCAGACGUAGGGAGGGAGAUGGGAAUGAGGAGGAGGAGGAGGAGGAGGAGGAGAGAGAGGGGCAUGAGGAGGGGGGCGAGGCGGAGGUGGAGGCGGAUGAGGUGGAGAAGAUGCGUGGCACCGCCUCGGGCCGAGCGUCAGAGAGGGCAGUGCGCAGACCGGGUGGAGGCUACCCGGAGGCUUGGAGGCCGGUGAUCGUGGUCUGGGAGUGUCUCUGCCUCUGUCUGACGCUGUUCCUCCCCUCGGCUCCGGUGGUCGCCUGCCUUCAAGCCUUCCUCGCCCAGUUUCCCCGGCCCCAGGCGCCCGGCGCCGACGCGUCCAGCCUCAGCGACGAAGUGUGUCGCUAUGCGGCCUUCUGCCGAGAGACUCUUGCACGCACGCAGCUGGUCGGCGGCCGACGCGCGGCGCCCUCUGGCCUCGAGGUGGCCGCGAUCUCGUUGCGCAACCCCUUCCUGCACGCGUCCCCCUUCAGCCUGCCCGUCCAUUUGGCCACGCCGUCGCCCGCCUACGAGGUGGUCGGCUUCGACGGCGCCACCUGCGUCGGCCAGCUGGCAGGCCGCGUGGCCGGCCGUCUCGGCAUCGGCCAGUGCCUGACGACCGGCGACUGCCUCUGCGCCGUCUACUGCCGCCUCCGGCCGGCGCCCGACUGCCGGCUCGUCUACCUGGACCCGGGCUGGCGAGUGUGCGACGCCAUCGCCUGCUACGAGACGGCCGUGCUGAGGGCAGGCGCGGCGGCGGCAGCGGCCGCGGCCGCAGCGGCUGCGGCGGCGGCGGCAGCCGAGCUGACGGUGCAGUUUGUCUUUCGCCUGCAGGCCGUCGCAGCCUCGGCACUGGGGCCGGCGCGCCGGCCGGCUCGGCCGCAGGCCUCGGCCACCAGCCCAGCUCGCGCGCGCCUCCUGUGGCUGCUGGUGCGCCAGCUGCACGCCGACCUGCGCGCCGGCCUCUACCAGGCGCCCGUGACGGGCGCCGACAUUGUCGAGCUGGCCGCUCUGCUGGCCAGACUGGAGCACGCCGACUACGCCGACCUGCUGCGCCGGCAGGACGCCACGCUGGUGCAGCUGCUGCAGGCCUAUCUGCCGGCCGAUUGGCUGGCCGAUCGGCUGAUCGAUAGUCAGGCUUUAACUCAGCUCAAACUGCUAUUGGUCGAGCGGUGGAGCCGCAUCGUGGACUGGCAGGAGGCGGUGCUGCGGCCCGGCCUGUGCGAGGCCGACAACAGGGCGGACGAGGCGCAGGCGGGCGACUGCGACGAGGCGGGCCGACUGGGCCAGGCAGAGGCGCGCGUGGCCCGGCCGGCCGCCGUCGCCUCCUGCCAGGCCUACCUGGCCAGGCUGCGGCGCGUCUGCCCGGCCCGGUUCGGCCUGACCGCCUUCGCGUGUCGGGCACUCAACUUGCCCGGCCAGUCGACGGAGCAGAUCGUCUGGCUGCUGCCGAGGCCGGAUCGCAUCAAUCUGCUCCACAUUCUGCCCGCGCGCCCCGCCGCCGCUGUCGGCCCCGCGGGCACUCGCGUCGAAUGCAUCAAGUCGAUCCCGCUGCGCUGCCUCGUCUCUUUCGGAGGCCAGAAGGGCAACGUCUACUUUCUCGUCUACGUCGACUUGCCCGCGCCCUCAUCCACGGCCACCCAACACGGGCCUGUCGAGGCCAGGCCGCGCUGGCGGCCCGCGACCGCUGGCGCCAGUCCGCUCAGGCCGGCGCUCUCCUCUCAGACACGCCGCGGCUCCCGGCGUCCGGGCGCCGAGGCCGCGGGGCCGCAGAUGCGUCGGCUGCAACUGCUCAUAACCGACCUCUGCGCCAUUCUUGAGCUGACCAGCACCUUGCGCUUCUAUCUCGAGGCGGCGGCGACGGCGGCGGCGGCCCAGACAGACACGGACACGGCAACGGCCAAGCGGGCGACAGGCCGCCAGACAACC